UCCUCACGCUUCCAUUGUGGCUCCUCUUAUGCCCCCCAAUCACAUCAAUGGCCAUCUUUUCAAGGUGGCAUUUUGAUGUUAAAGCUCCUUCUGCCAUAUCUGGUUCCUGAUUUAUAAAUAUACUGCUGGAAUACUUAUAUUUCUGAUUUAUAAGUUAAUUUCUCUCACUUGAUGCUGAACUGGUCAUCCACAAUGUCGGUAAGCUCAUACGCAUAAGUUACUCCUAGCUCCUUGUUUACCAUGUGUGCUAAGAUUUUUCUACACUCUUCUCUACUAUUCUCUUCAGAAUAUACAUAUGUGUAUAUAUAAAAAAUAUAUAUACAAAGUUUAUUUAUUUGUUUGUUUUUUAAUCCAUUCAACAAUCAUUCAGGGAGUGCCUACUAUGUGCCAUGUGCUGUGCUAGGAGUUUGGCAUACAACAGAGGAUGCUGUAUAGUCUCUGCUCUCCAGGUGCUCAUAGUGGGCUAUAUAGACCCAUAGAAACAUAAAAUUACAACAUACAGCAAUAGAGCUAUGAUAGGAAGAGUAGAGCAAUCUGAGGAAGCACAUAACCGAGGUUAGAGGCGAUGUCAGUGACCAUUUUUCAAAAGACUUUUCUUUUAAACUGAGAUCUUAAAGAUGACUGGGAGUUAGCAUGAUGAAGGGGAAAAGAAAGAAGGGAGAUACAUGUAGAAACCUCUAAGCUAGGGAGAAUUUAGGGUAUUCAGGGGACUAAUAAGAGCAUUUAGUGUGUCUAACUUUGGUGUGUGAGGGGCAGAUGGCAAGAUAUAAGUUUGGAGAGAGAAGAAGUGGAUACAUCACAAGAGAUUAUAAGACAGGGCAACUCUGUAAGUUUUAAGGGGCAAUUGAAAAUUUAUGCAGUGGUGUUGAACUGGCUUAUAAGUCAAUAGCUGAUUUUAAAUUUCCAGGGAGCACAAGUGAACACAAUUUUGGUAGCUUGAAAUUGGCUGUAGUGGGAGUAUUUACACUACAGAAAUUGGCAAAAACCACAAAUCAUAUUCCCACCCCCACCCCCACCCUCCAACCCUGGAGAGCCAAUUGUUAAAUAUUUACCACCAUGCCUCUGGAUAAGUGUGGACAGGCCAUGUACUUAUUUGAAAUUUAGAAGCAUCGUUGUAGUCGCAACGUAGACUGUAUUGGAAGGAGUCAUUGGAGAGAAGGCUGGUCAGGAGUCUAAUACAGUAAACCAAGCAAACAAUGGAUGUAUAUAGACCAGUAGAAGGAAAGGUAUUUAUAGUAACAGUUGUAUCAUUUUUCAUUAAUCCAACUUCUCUCCUAUUAUGUUAUAAAUAAAUAAAUUAUUUCUUUAUAUUUUUCCAAAGAUAUCUGCUAACAAAUUUUGAUUAAAACAUAUUGACAGCCUGUAGCAAACAUUGUGAUUGCCUCUCUAGCAUCUAUUCUUUCUAUCCCAGAUUGAUGGUGACCUUGGGAUUUUGGUGGCGUUAACCUCACCCUGUGCUCCAGGGAUACACCGUGAUAGGUCUAAAUCCAUCAGGACAAUUCCAUUCAUGAUUGUGUUAGCCCAUGAAAUUCCCCUGGACCAGAGCUUGAUUCAGUUGUAGAGCCAUCAUCAAGUUGGAUGCUUUUUAUGACAAAUGUGUGGCAUGACCUUCCCUUUCAUCAUAUUUGUGAAUUGAGAUACAACUAGAACUAGUACCUAUUAAUGGCCAUGACAAAAACCAACUUAAGUAUUAAGCUGAAGGCAACAUAAGAGAAUUUCAGAAAGAAAUCAAACUCUAAUCUAACUAUACCUGAAAUUUAACCUAUAUCUGGAAUUGGAAGUGUCAUGAACACAUACAUUUUGUUUUUAUUAUUUAAACAAUAUUUGUUGCAAAUGUCUUCUCCUAUUCUGAGUUUUUUAAUUUUUUUUUUUUUUGGUUAACUGUUGUUAACCCCAAACUGUUGUAAUCCUAUUUAUUCACUUUUCAUCAUGACUUACGCAGUUUGUAUUUUGUGCGAGAAAACUUUCCUUACCUCAAGGCCAUGGAGACAUUAUUAUAGCUUUUCUUAUUAAAGUUUUAAAGUUUUUCUUUUUAUAUUAUGAGCUUUAAUACAUCUAUAAUUUACUUUUUCUAUAGAGAGUGACAAUAUUAUCAUCAUCAUCAUCACCAUCAUCAUCAUCAUCAUCAUCCUUCUAGAAAGCUAAUAACUCCAGAACUUUUCAUUGAAUACUCCACCAUUUAUAAUAUUCAAGUUCACAUACACGCAUGCAUCUAUUUAGGAGCUUCCUAUUCUGGGGACAUAUUUUUGUUAUUGUAAAAAUACCACAUUGUUUUAUAUACUUAAUAUAGUUGUUCUUAUUAUCACGGAGGACAAAUUUCUCCAUGUGAUUAUUUUUCAUCAUUUUCUUGGCUAUACUUGGAUCUUAUGUUUCUAUAUGAAUUUUUUUUUUUUUUUGAGAAAGAUCAGCCUUGAGCUAACAUUCAUGCCAAUACUCCUCUUUUUGCUGAGGAAGACUGGCCCUGGGCUAACGUCAGUGCCAGUCUUCCUCUACUUUAUGUGGGACGCUGCCACAGCAUGGCCUGACACGCAGUGCAUUGGUGCGCACCCGGGAUCCAAACCCAGGCUGCCAGCAGUGGAGUGAGUGCACUUAACCACUACGCCACAGGGCCAGUCCCUCUAUAUGAAUUUUUAUAAUCAUCUGUUAAAGCUCUAAAGAUAUUUUGCAAUUUUGACUUAAAGUCAUAGAUUAGUUUGGUGGGAAUUGACAUUAUUUUUGUAAUUUAUAAUAUUAAAUGGUAUCAUUUAUAUAUUUUUAUUAUAGGCCUUAUUUUAUUCUCUUUAAUUAUAUAAUUUUUCCUUUCAAGAUCUUGCUCAUCUUUUGUUAUAUUUACUUCUACAAAUGAAGGCAGUUUUCUUUCUUUUUUAAAGAUGAAUAUAGAUCCUUAUAUAUUUUUUUGUCUCACUGAGUUGCCACAGAUAACUUCUAUAACAUUGAAAAGGGGAAGAAUAUUUAUAUGUUGUUUGCACUUGCGUGAGGUGUCUGCAAGAGAGACAGAAAGAGAGAGAGUAUAUGGAGUUAUUAUUGUAGAUAUUCAAUGAAAAACAGUUAAGGAAGCACAGGCUAAUGUUGAACGAAAUUUUUUUAUUGCUGAUUAAUUUUUAACUAUUUAUUUUGUAAUAUUUUUAGAUUUAUGGAAGAGUUAUAAAGACAAUACAGCAUUCCCGUAUACUCUUUAUCCAGCUUCCUCUAAUACUAAUGUCUUACAUAAACAUGAUACAUUUAUCAAAACUACAGAAUAAUCAUUUGAGAAACACUAUUAACUAAACCAUAGACUUUAUUAGGGUCUCACAGUUUUUCCAAUAAUGCCCCUUUCCUGUUUCAGGAUCCAAUCCAGGAUACCACGUUGCACUUAGUUAUCAUGUUUUCUUCGUCUCUUCUGAUCUGUGACAGUUUGUCAGACUCUCCUUGUUUUCCAUGACUUUGACAUUUUUGAAAAGCAUUGUCAGGUAUCUUGUAGACUGUCUUCUCAGUUUGGGUCUGUCUCGUAUUACCCCAUGAUUAGGCUAAUUUAUGAGUUCUGGGGGAAGAAUUCCACAUAGGUAAAGUGCUCUUCUCAUCACAUCAUAUCAGGACACCCAGUACACUCCUCAUACCAACAUGACAUCAUUGGUGAAACUAACUAUGAUUACUUGAUUAAGGUAGUGUCUGCCAGCUGUCUGCACUAUAAAGUUACUAUUUUUUCUUUUCCAUCCUCUGUAUUAGAAGUGAGUUAGUAAAUCCAACAUACAUUCAAGGGGAGGAGAAAUGAGUGCCACCACCUGGACAGAAGAAUAUCAAAACAAAUGUGAACACUUGUUGAAACCACCACAGUAAUAAAUAUUUCAGAGAAGAUGUUUUGAGGCUAUGCAAAUAUCCAAUUUCUCCUCAAAGUUUCACCCACCAAUUUUUGUGUUCACGUGUAGAUUCUGCUGCAGCAAUUACCACUGUAAUGUUCAACAGGUUCCUGGUGAAACUGUCUCCAAAAAGAAUCCAAUGGAAAAAUCUCUGAAGAUUUAUUGUCUCUGAUGAAUCAGCAAUUUGAGAAGAACUUGCAGCUUAUAACCUCUAAGCCACUGAUGAUCCUGGACUGUGCCCAGUGUUCUUUUCUUCAAGUUUAUCAGCAAGUUGGGGAUGCUGGAGAAGUUGUUGAUUGAUUGAUUGAUCUACUCAUUAAUUCAUUCAAUAUAUACUGAGCUCUGACCAUGUGCUUGUCAUUAUGUUAAAAAUUUCAAAACGGCUGAGGCAUGAUUAAAACUCAUCUUGAUAAUUUUGCCCCCACCAGAAAAAAAACAUCAUUUUGUCAUAUGGUUCAAUGUUCACUCUUGUGAAAGAUGAAAGAGCAUGACUGUAAGGAUCCAAAAUGGGGGCACAGAAGAUGACAAGCAUCUCAGAAGGGAGUAUGAAGAAGAAGCUGGCGAAGGUUGGGACGUGAAACAAUUUGGAGGUCGUAAGUUAUGUCUCAGUUUCUGAUUUGCAUUUUGCAAGGUUCUGUUGAAAAUUCUCACGAAAUAAUGUUGCAUCCAAACAUGGAAGACCAUCCUCCAUCUGUUUCCUGUCUAAAUCUCGGGUGUAAUUUUUAAUUAUUUGUUGCACACGUAAUGAAUUAUUAUAUACUCCCAGAAAAUGCCAUAAACAGACAUUUCUUCAGGCCCAAUCCUAGCAGAUGUGGUGUAAUUUCACUGAAGCAGAGGCAAGCAAAUAAGGCUAUGGUUUCAAGUGCUGGCUCAAAUGUUAUUUUCUCUGAGAAUCUCUUCCUUGAAUUCUACAUACACCCUAUCAAGUGAAAUUGUUUAUAUCCUCUGUGUGUUCUAGCAGCCUCUGACAUAUUGGGAAUAUUAUGUCAUUUAUCUUUGUUCUACUCUGCCAGGCUGUGACCAGGACAAGGGCUGGGACCAUGGUGUUCAUCUCUGCAUGCUCAGUGACAAAAGUAGUGUCUGACAUGGAGCAUUAAGUCCCUUUUGGAUGAAUGUAUAAGUGAAUGAGGUUUAUUUCUUAAUUCCAAUAACAUGUUAGUUAGGUCCACCAAUUCCUGAAGACACAGUGGGAAGAUGGCACAUGGGUUAAUAAAUUUUUGUUAUGGAAGGUAUGCUAACAGGUCUUUUAAUGUCCUCUGUUCACACAAAUAUAUUAGCUUCCUGGAGAACAAGGAGAAAUUUUAUCAUACCCCAGAGAAGCAAUACAGGAGAUUAGAGGUAUAAUUUGUAGUAUCUUACAGUUGAAUGAAGAGUCAUUCAAGGUUAUGUCUAUAGUUAAACUGAAAUAAAAGAGUUCCAAAUCUGUGAAUCUCACCUGUAUAUUCACUUUGCUAUUGUCUAGCUAGUUAUGCUUUUUGAAGAUAUUAGUUUAGCUCCAAAUCUAAAUUAGGCAUACUGCUCAGUCCAAUGCUGCUUAUAUCUACUCAUAGGAUUUAUCAUCAAGUUCAUGCCCCUCAGUGUUUCCAUUGUUCCAUCCUUGCCAUCACAAAAAUCAAAGCAGCAGAGAGUAAUCUAAGAGUUUAGCAGACAACGGAGUCUUUAGUGUGGAAAUUUCUUAGCUUUCACACUGUAUGAGGAAUGGUUCACAGCUGUUAGAACUCUGCCUGUCCAGUUUCUGAGCCCAUCUGCUGCAGAGAGCUAUAUAAAAUGUCUAAAAGGCAAGAAGAGAGAGAGAGACAGUAAACAUUGGAGUCAGAGACAAAUCCAGAGAUUUAGAAACUAAGACACUCAUACUUGCAAACAGUACUUCAGCAUUAGAUUACGUGGUGAAGCCAAAUAUGCCUUAAACAGGGAAGACAGGCUUUUCAGAUGUACAGUUGGAGAACUUCUGGCAUAGAAAUGGCUUGAUUGGGACACAAGUAACGAAAGCUCCAGAAGAGAAGAACAUCUCUUUCUGUUCUGCAGUUCUUUCUCACCUUCUCAGUCUCUACUAAACUGUCUCAUUUUUAGGGUCUGUGAAUUUUACUGGUCUCAGGCAGAAGUAUUCUCCAGAAGUCUCAAAUUUCUUCAUUUCAUACUAGUCCCUACUUAGUAGCCUACUCAAUUUUGCUCUUCAUUAUAACAAGAAAAACCCUGUUGAUCUUAAUCAGUCAGGAAACUUCUGUCUCUGACAAAUGUCUUAAGUGUGAAGAUUGCCAUCAAUGUCAUGAACCAGCCCAUCUUAACUACCCAUCUGGAGCACACUGUGAGAGGAAGCCCACCAAGGCUCCUUGUAACAAUAUUCUUCACCACUGGAAAGCUCAGUUAUUGAAAAAAUGGACACGGAAAACAGACCUAGAGCAGCUAUUGCUCUCCCAAACCCACAGGAGCCCUCCAGAGUGUCUGAAAUUGAAGUUUCAGAAGUUUCCCUUCGUGGUGCCAGCUUGCUGGGGAAGGCUGCCCCAACCCCACCAGGCCUUACGUGGCUGACAUUUUUGAGGAAGGAGCUGGAAUUCCUGGGGGUAACACAAAUUCUGAUUGGUUUCCUAUGCUUUUGUUUUGGAACAAUUGUCUGCUUCGUGCUCAAUAUUUCAGAAUUUGAUGAAGAUUUAUUUUCAUCAUUUAAAGUCGGCUACCCAUUCUGGGGAGCAGUAUUUUUUGUUAUUUCUGGAUUUUUGUCAGUUAUGUCUGAAGAGAAACAUGGAAUAUAUCUGGUGCGAGGAAGCCUGGGGGCAAACACUGUCAGCAGCAUUGCUGCAGGAGCAGGAAUCAUCAUCCUGAUCAUCAACCUAAAGAAGAGCUCGGCUUAUAUCUACAAUUGCCAGGAAACUUAUGAGGAUGUCCUCUGCCUUGUGGCUUCUUUUUCUACUGAAAUUGUGGCGAUGAUCCUGUUUCUCACCAUUUUGGGGUUUUGCAGUGCUGUGUCACUCACAGUCUAUGGUGUGAGAGAAGUAAUCGAAGGAAAUAAGAUUCCAGAAGAUCGUCUUUAUGAAGAAUUAAACAUAUAUUCACCAAUUUACAGUGAAUUGGAAGACAGAGGGGAGAUAUCUUCUCCCAGUGACUCAUAAGAAUCAUGUGCCCGGAACAUUCU